AACUUGAUCACUGACAGCCACUUGAAGCUCUGCUGGACCGCUAGUGGUUGCCGUUCACUGCCACUGAAGUGAUGGCGCCGACCCUGGGAUCCCGGACGCUCAGCAAAGAUGACAUUAAUUAUAAACUACAUUUCCGAAUGAUAAAUGAGCAACAAGUCGAGGAUAUCACCGUCGAGCUUUUCUAUAAACCACACACUAUCACGCUGUUGACAUUUACUGUGCUCAGCUUGAUGUACUUCGCAUUUACCAGAGAUGAUACAAACCCAGACAGUAAUCUGCGAGUAGGGCUGGUGUUGGUUGUCUCCUUCUUCCUGAUCAUUAGUGUCCUGGCUUUCCCUAAUGGUCCCUUCACCAGGCCACAUCCUGUAAUAUGGAGAAUGGUUUUUGGUCUCAGUGUUCUUUACUUCCUCUUCCUGGUUCUCAUCAUCUUCCUGAACUGGGAUCAAGUGAAGACAGUCAUGUAUUGGCUGGACCCAAACCUGCGGUAUGCCACCCGGGAGGCAGAUAUAAUGGAAUAUGCAGUGAACUGUCAUGUGAUUACCUGGGAGCGGAUCCUUAGCCACUUUGACAUCUUUGCGUUCGGCCACUUCUGGGGCUGGGGCAUGAAGGCACUGCUCAUCCGGAGCUAUGGCCUCUGCUGGACCAUCAGCAUCACCUGGGAGCUCACUGAGCUGUUCUUCAUGCAUCUGCUGCCUAAUUUUGCAGAGUGCUGGUGGGACCAGUUGAUCCUGGACAUCCUUUUGUGUAAUGGAGGGGGCAUCUGGCUGGGCAUGACUGUCUGCCGCUUCCUGGAGAUGCGCACCUACCGCUGGGCCAGCAUCAAGGACAUCCAUACUACCACUGGGAAGCUAAAGCGGGCUGUUCUGCAGUUUACUCCAGCCAGUUGGACAUAUGUCAGCUGGUUCGGCCCCAAGUCCUCUUUCCAGAGAGUCACAGGCAUUUACCUCUUCAUGAUCAUAUGGCAGCUCACAGAACUGAACACAUUCUUCCUGAAGCACAUAUUUGUGUUCCAGGCCGCUCACCCUCUAAGUUGGUGCCGCAUCCUCCUCGUCGGCAUCAUCACUGCCCCCACAGUACGGCAGUAUUAUGCCUACCUUACAGACACGCAGUGCAAACGUGUGGGGACACAGUGUUGGGUGUUUGGGGCCAUAGCCUUUCUGGAAGCGCUGGCAUGUGUUAAAUUUGGCCAAGACCUCUUCUCCAAGACACAGGCCCUGUAUGUGGUGCUGUGGCUUAUAUGCGUGGCCUUCAUAACGUCUCUGUGCUUGUACGGAAUGGUGUGGUAUGAGCACAGCCAUGGAUCCAGUAUGAAGAGCCUAUCUGAAUGCGAGGACAACUGUCUCAAUGAGUCGAGUGGGAGCAUCCUCGAUGAGCAUAGAGGUGAAAAGGACCCUGGGAGCAACUGUCAUCCAUCCAGGCGGAGAAAAGGAGGAUCUGGAAAGAGUAAAACCGUGAAUGGGACAAGCAGGGAAAACCAACAGUAAGACGGAUUAGUGUGGGAAAAGUGUGGGAAAGACACUGAAAUGCACUCACGUUCCCUAGCGAGAGGAGAGAGGAAUAAGAAAAGACUAGAAGUCAAAUGUUGUUGGGUCAGAGUUUAAGCAUAUUAGAUCUUUAGAGACACCAGAGACACCAGCACCUUUCUAACAAAAGGUUUCUCAGUGGUUUACAGUAGUAUCAGAUGUACUUAAAAACAUACUAAAAGUUUACCAAAGUUUGACUCCAAGAAAGGCCCCAUUUUCAAAAUGGCGGCCGUCAGGUCCUUAAAAUGACCAUUACACCUUUGUUUACCUCCUAGACCAGGAAUACUGGUGCCUGAUACAUGUUUUGGCCAUGUAAUAUUCGAAUUAGCAUAUUUGGAUGAUAGAUAAGUGAGUACAAGUACAAUUAUAUAUUAAAAGUAAUUGGUUACAAGCAUAUAUAUGCGAAAAAUAAGUAAAAUUCCCCUUAAGUAAUUGCAUAUUUCUUUAAAUUUUUUUAUAGUGCAUUUUUUUUUUUUUGCCUUUUGUUUUUUAUAUAUUUUUUAAACACUUUUCUUAUUUAUACACCUUAGAGUAUGACCUUAGUUAACCAUUAGUCGUCACACUCUUCCUCCCAUAGAGGUUGAUUAUAGUGAUUCUCACAAUUCCCAACUUGACAUGGUCCACAAGCAGGCAUGCAUGGUAGUCCAUAUGCCCUGUAACUGCACCGUUGUGUUUUGCAGGCAGUUGUGCAAUUACAGUGGAUCAUCUGCAGGAGGCUUUCUGGGGCAGCAGUCUUACUGGUCAUAACUGGCAGGAACCGGUUGUCCACCAGUUUCCAUCCCCAAUCCACUGUGUUCAUGUCACCUUCCUUUCCAAUCCACACCAUGAUCUGGAAGUAAACUCUUUGGCAGUGGUAUUUGGUUGCGGACUCAGUUGGAGGCAGACGUUCUGGGGCAUUUCUUCAGUCAUUCCACUUCCAUGGGUCAAGCCUCCACUGCUUUUCAAGGAUCGCAUUAAUGUCUGCUCGAUGACAAAGUCAGAGCUUAGGCCUGCCCAGUACUGGUUGCUGCGGCGGAUCACAUGGAAACCCCUGGAAAACUUGUCAUGUACAUCAGGGUGUCUGGUGUCGAGUUGGCACAUUUCUUGGAGGUAGAAAUAUGCUGAUUUCAGGUAGUUGUAGUGCCCAGCGGCGGCAAAUAUUGGCAGACAGUCCAACAUUGUGCGCAAGUGCAUCUUCCAAGAUCCUGUACGAUCUGCUUUGAUCAGAGCUCGGGCUGUCUGCAGCAUCUUCUGAUAGUUUACCCACAGCCGGCUGGUUUUUGACCUUAUGCUGAGGUCUGACCUCUUCGUGUCCACCUUUUCCUUGAUUUUGUUCAGCAUAUCUGAUGCUGCAGCACUCUCCAAAGUUGUUUCUUUCGUUACCAUGGCUCGUUGGUGUUUUAUGCCCCCAACGGAGCCUUCCAGGCAGCGGAGCCUUCAAGGCCUAACCCAAACCCUAACCCUGACACUGUUGGGGGUGGGAAGCGCCUUCCAUGCAGGCUGCCUUGAAGGCACCAUUGGGGGCAUAAAACACCAAUGAACGCAUAGAAGACGACUAGGUAAAUUGCUAUUAAAUCCGGUUAGCAUCAUUAGCAUUUGUUUAAAACUCUUGCGUUCAAGUUGACUGAUCAUCUCAAUAUAAGACUCAAAAGUUUUGCCACAGCCGGCUGGUUUUUGACCUUAUGCUGAGGUCUGACCUCUUCGUGUCCACCUUUUCCUUGAUUUUGUUCAGCAUAUCUGAUGCUGCAGCACUCUCCAAAGUUGUUUCUUUCGUUACCAUGGCUCGUUGGUGUUUUAUGCCCCCAACGGAGCCUUCCAGGCAGCGGAGCCUUCAAGGCCUAACCCAAACCCUAACCCUGACACUGUUGGGGGUGGGAAGCGCCUUCCAUGCAGGCUGCCUUGAAGGCACCAUUGGGGGCAUAAAACACCAAUGAACGCAUAGAAGACGACUAGGUAAAUUGCUAUUAAAUCCGGUUAGCAUCAUUAGCAUUUGUUUAAAACUCUUGCGUUCAAGUUGACUGAUCAUCUCAAUAUAAGACUCAAAAGUUUUGCACACCCCCCCCCCC